UCCGCCCCCCGGGACUGCGCUUCCCGCCUCCUCCACUGCUCUGCGGGGAACCCCCGACCCUUUCUCCCCUUCAGAUGGAGUUUGCGGAGCUGAUCAAGACCCCUCGAGCUGACAACGUCGUUCUGCACCGCCCCUUUUACCCAGCUGUGGAGGGGACUCUCUGCCUCACCGGCCAUCACCUCAUUUUUAGUUCCCGGCUUCAAGAUAACUCCGAGGAGCUGUGGCUGCUGCACUCCAACAUCGAUUCCAUCGAGAAAAGGUUUGUGGGCUCACUGGGCACCAUCAUUAUCAAAUGCAAAGAUCUACGAAUUAUCCAGCUGGAUAUCCCUGGCAUGGAGGAGUGUCUGAACAUUGCCAGCUCCAUUGAGGCACUUUCCACCCUGGAUUCUGUCACACUCAUGUACCCCUUCUUCUAUCGACCCAUGUUUGAAAUCAUUGAAGAUGGCUGGCACUCUUUUCUGCCUGACCAAGAAUUUGAGCUCCUCAGUGCAGUGACAGAUGAAUGGCGUCUAAGCUGCAUCAAUAAGGAAUUCUCUGUCUGUCCCUCCUACCCUCCUGUUGUCAUUGUCCCCAAAUCCAUCGAUGACGAAGCGCUCCGGAAAGUCGCCACAUUUCGCCACGGCAGUCGUUUCCCAGUCCUCAGCUAUUAUCACAAGAAGAAUGGGAUGGUCAUGAUGAGAAGCAGCCAACCCCUCACAGGUACAAAUGGGAGACGUUGCAAAGAAGAUGAGAAGCUUAUUAAUGCCACACUGCGACCUGGCAAGAGGGGCUACAUCAUUGAUACCAGGUCCCUGAAUGUUGCCCAGCAGGCCAGAGCCAAGGGAGGAGGCUUUGAACAAGAAGCCCACUAUCCCCAGUGGAGGAGGAUUCACAAAUGUAUUGAGAGGUUUAAUAUUCUGCAGGAAAGCCUCAUCAAACUGGUGGAAGCUUGCAAUGACCAGUCACACAACAUGGACCGCUGGCUCAGUAAGCUGGAAGCUUCCAACUGGCUGACUCACAUCAAGGAGAUACUGACUGCAGCUUGUCUGGCUGCUCAGUGCAUUGAUAGGGAAGGUGCUUCAGUGUUAGUCCAUGGGACUGAAGGAACUGAUUCAACACUCCAGGUAACUUCUCUGGCACAGAUUAUCUUGGAUCCCAGGUGCAGGACCAUACGUGGCUUUGAAUCUCUUGUCGUGAGGGAGUGGCUACAGGCUGGGCACCCCUUCCAGCAACGCUGUGCCCAAUCAGCCUAUUCAAACAGCAAGCAGAAAUGGGAGGCCCCAGUGUUUCUCCUCUUUUUGGACUGCGUGUGGCAAAUCCUUCGACAGUUCCCUUGCUCUUUUGAAUUCAACGAGCACUUCCUCAUCAUGCUCUUUGAACACGCCUACGCCUCACAGUUUGGGACUUUCCUGGGGAAUAAUGAAAGCGAAAGGUCUAAACUGAAGCUGCCACAAAAGACCAUGUCCCUGUGGUCCUGGGUGAACAGGUCUGAAGAGCUGAGCAAAUUCCAGAAUCCUCUUUUUGAAGCCAACAGCCUUGUCAUCUGGCCUUCUGUUGCCCCACAGAGCCUGCAGCUCUGGGAAGGUGUCUUUCUGCGGUGGAACAGACCCUCCAAGUUCAUAGAUGAAGCCCAUGAAGAAAUGAUCAGCAUUAUCAAAUAUAACAAGGAACUUCAGGCCAAGGUUAAUGCACUGAGGAGGCAGCUGGCAGAGAUGGAAACAGAUGAUAUGAUGCAGGAGAACCUGUGAGCUGGCAGAGCUUUGCCUCAGGUCAUCCCUUUCCAGUCACCCCACACACACACCUUAACUUAAAGACUAAACACGGAAAGUGCAUGUGUUGCAGAGCCCUCUGGGUACAGCUGACCCUCAGCCCUCCUGCUGCUCAAACCUUCACUUCACACUAUGGAUCUCCCUUUUUGGGAGGGAUUUCUGGUUUGUUUACAGAAGAUGUACACAGCUGGGCACAGGGUCCUCUCUUGGCAGCUUUUCUGUCUCAAAAUUGUGUCCAGUGUCAGCAGAAGCUGGAACUCUUACCUUCACCCAACUGUAUGGAUGACCAGGAUGAGCCAAGAGACAGGAUAUUUCAAGUUUCUUUUGGACUUUUUUUUGGGUUUUGCUGAGCUCUCCAAACACUCAGCAGGAUUAGAAUACCAAGUUAUGUACAGAGAGGUAAAGGCAUUUAGUGUGAAAGCACCUUUUUCUCUCCAAGAGUGAGGCAGCUUAGUUGUUUAGUUUCCUAGGAAAGGUAGAAAAUGAUAUGAUCUAACUACAGGUUCUACCACUCCAUGUGUUACUCUCAGCCUUCACAUCUAACACUUUUUUUGGGGUUUUUGUGUGUAAGCAUUGGCUUGGGAGCAUUAAGUGGAAUAUCAAACCAGAGCAAGACAUUACAGUGCAAUACAGAACUGAAGUAGAGAUUCUGCUGCUAAUGUUUAAGCCAUGGCCUUCAGGUGGAAUUGCUCUUCAUGGACAAAUAUCUCCUAAGGAAUGAAUUUAUAUUUUUAAUUCUACCUGGAAAACAAAAAUGUUAAGAAGUUGGUGGAGGUGUUCAUUUGCAAAAGAGUGGCUUGGAGCUGUCCUUUUAACCAGAGCCAAGCUCUCCUCUUAAAACCUGGGACUGUGCUGGCUGGUUUUGUACAUUUGAACAGGUUCACAGCAUUGUGAGGAUGCAGCACUUAAAUCUACAGCUCAACAAAACACUCUUGCUCCACCUGGUGCAGUUUUUCCUCUCAUGCUUUUACUGUACAUUUUGUGAACCAUCAAAAGCAGAACUUGAGAGUGAAGGUGAUCUCACAUACCAGGUAGCUGCUGGAAAUUGGGGCUGUCACACUACAGAAGUGCUGAUAGUUUAGAUCAUUUAUAGCUGCUUAAAGGCUUUAGGGAUAAACUUUUUUCUGCUCUUUUUAUGAAAGCAGAGUUCUUCCUCAAGGUUUUUGGAGGGUUGUUUUUUUUUUUCCUCCUUAAAAAACAAAAAAGUGUCUGAAAUACUGACUCACCUAGUCACUUGUUCAGCUUUAUUCCAUUGGUAGCUCCAUGUGACUGAGAAGACAUGAAUUAAUAACAGCACACAUGGAUAAGAUUACUUGGAAAGGUGUUUGCUCUUAGCCCCUUUCUGCUGAGAUGGAGGGAGCAGCUUUAGGUCAGGGUUUAUCUCUUUGGAAACUGUUGAGCUUCCAUGGCAAUUUAUGCUGGUUUGGAAUGAAGCUGCCUUUAUUUAAAAGCCCCUUCACCUAAAGAUAGAUGGAUAGAUGUGGAGGAUUAUUUUCAUCUUGAGUUAACCUAAACUUAGUCCUGAAGUCAUCUGGCUUAAAAAAACAAAAAGAUCCCUUUUGAGCUGUUAUUCACUUAAAGCAAAAGAAUAACUCCCCCUCCUUACUUACAGUACCACUUCCUGCUGAGGUUUGGAGGGUGACACUCUUGUUCACUAAAACCUGACACAGGGAAUGCUUCUCAGGGUGGCUGAUGAGCUCUCCUGCCUCACAGGGGUGGCACAAGUUGGCUGUGCCUUCUUCUCACCUCUAAGCAUUGGCUUCUGGAGCUGCCUUCUGGGUAAAUUACAAAUGUAAGCCUUUAAAAUAAUGUCUGUGGCUUCUGCACCUGCCUGGAUGUUGUCACCUUGGCCAAUUCAGGAUUUCUACUCUGCAUCUGAAAGAGAUUUGCCACUAGCCAGAUGGGAAGGAUUCAGCAAGCACUGUUUUCUCCAUAAGAGACUCUACAUAAAACACACUUCAAGGUUAUGUAAUUUCCCAACAUAGCAAUUACACAUUGAGCUGAAUAACAGAGAAGCAAAGAGGGUGGGUUUUGAUCUAAUUGCCUGCCUGCUCUUAGUCUCUCAUGCAAACUGCAGGAAAUUGGGUAACCAGCUGAAGCAGCCAAGAAAAAGCAGCAAAUUCUCUCCAGGCUGGCAUUUCACCCUCAGCUCAUGUUUCAGGACCCAAUCCACACUCAAGUGCUGGGUGCUUGCCUUGGAGGAGCAGAGUUGUGGGGGAACAACCUUCAUGUCAAACUGGUACUGUCCUCCUCAGCAGCCACAGCAGCUUCUUCCCUGCUUCCUCUGCCCCUGCAUCACCUGCAGACAGAAGGAGCUGGAGGCUAAAGUUAACCUGCAAAUAAUCAUCUUCCAUGAGAACAACACCUGGAGCUGUCCUGCAAGGAAUUAUUGCACCUGAUGGAGUUGAGACCAAGAUGUGUGGAGUCUCCUGCAGGUCCUGGUGGGAGAAGACAAUCCCCAAACCUCUUGUGUUAAGCUACUUGCAUGUCCCCUUAUCCCACCUCCUCAUUCCCAGGGCUUCCCAGGCUCCAGUCUGGUGGCCACUGGCUAACACACACCAGAGCACUCCAGUGCUUUGCUUCCCUGCUCCCCCCACCCUAUUUAUUCACAUAUUUAAUAUUGAUGAGCAGCUGGAUUCCUCUUAGAGGGGGAUUUCUGCUGGACUUUGCCCUGUGGAGUCACCAACACCUUGUCUGCAGGUUACCCUUCUCUUCCUGAGCUGUAAGUGCUGGGGCAGUGCUCAGCUUCAGCCUCACAGCCUUGCAGCCCCCCUGCUUCUGCUCUUUUGCACAUAGCUGUUGAUAUAAUAAGCUGGACACUUGAGGAGCCCCUUCCUCAAAUUUGGGGGCCAAUCACUGCAGACACUCUGCCAUUUACCAAAAAAAAAAAAAAAAAACCACAAAAAAACAAACAAAAAGAAGGGAAAAGGAACUAAGGAACUCACUUGCACAGUUUUCAUAAGGGAACGAUAUGUACCUUCAAUAUUUUGAUUGUAUUGGAUCAAACUCUUGAAUGUGGCAACCAGUUGAAGUGCACUGUUGUCCAUGUGGCAGAUGAUACAACUGAAAUUGCACUGUGCAGCAUCUUGGCAUCUCGUGUGCUUUGCUAAAGCCUCAGGAAGUGCUGUCAUGUACAGGUUCCUGGAGGAGGGCAAAAAUGUCUCAACUAGCACCCCAUUUUUGAUUUUUUUUUUUUUUAUUUUUGGUUUAUUUUUUUAUAAGUGUGUGACAUUGAAUAGCACUGUGUGAUGUGUGCUCUGUAUCUGUUAACAAGUACAAAUCCAAGUGAUGAGUCCAAACUUCUAGAAUAGCUUUUUGGACUUGGCUGCUGCAUCAGUCUUGAUUUAUUUUAUUUGUUUUGUUAAUUUUUUUUUUAAUGAAACAAAUAACAGGGCUGGGAGUUGUGCAGUAGUGUUAGAUGUAUGCUCUAUGUGUACAGAAUCCCAGCUGCUGUGGAGCUGAAUAUAUUGUGACCAAAAAAAUAAUAAAAUAAUAAGGUUAACAGAUCUUGAGAAAAAACCUAUCAUGGCUCAAAUUGCUCAGCUGUUUGAGUGGAGAAAAAGCAGACACAAAGUUGCUGUAUAAUUUGCUGUAGAUAACAUUGAGAAUGUCAUAGCCAUGUCUGUUCAGAUUAAAACCUUAAAGACUCUAAAAAA